AUGAUUGCAACAGACAGUGAGAGCGACACCCUCUCCGGGGAGGCCACAAGAACCACGUCCCAGGACAUCCAGGGCCAGCAUCAUCAACACGGUCUCACCACCAUCAGCCUCGAUGCCGACAGCGACUUGAGGCUUUGGCUGCAGCACACCGGCUUCUUCGACGUCGAGCACCGCCAAAGGGUUCUCGUCGCGCUGCGCAAGCUAAAGGACAUUGACGAGCAGCGCUGCAAAAUCGUCUCGGAAAUGCGCUCCUCUGCGGAUUAUUACCUCGUUUCUCCGACGCCGCCGCUGAGCUCCUCGACUAUGUUGGCGAGCCCCUCGUCCUUGUCCCUGGCGGCGGCGGUGGCUCCAGCAACAACAAGGACGCGGCAGGCGGCAGGCUAUGAUUACGUCGACGCGCGCUCAGCGGCCUUUGCGGGCUCGAGUGAGCGUUGUGGCUCCGAGAUCUCCUCGUUGACGAGAGGGGCUGCUGGGUCCGACAAUGGCGGGUACAUGGCUUUUGGCAAUAGACCAGUGUCCCGUCAGGAGCUGGAUGUUGCUGCUAUUCCCUCCAUGGCUCCUCUACAGAACCCUCAACCGUCUGCUGAAGCCACUCCGUCGCCUGUGGACCCAGACUACGACAGUGUAGAAGCAGAGUCGCCGCCGCUCCUGUCGGAUAGGGAAGAAGAAGAAGAAGAAGCCCAUGACGCCGCAGCACCUCGCUGCCUCGCUGGCAAAGGCAGAUCUGCAAACAGAUACCCUCCAGCCCAGGCCUUGUCGCCGGUUCCUAAGCAAGAGUCGAGAUACUUUCUGGUCAAGUCCUUUAACGUGUCCAACGUCGAGUUGUCUCAGCGAGACGGCUUGUGGAUCACAAAGGCCAAGAACGGCUCCCUCUUCGCAAGCGCCUUCAAGACGCACAAGAACGUCUAUCUCAUCUUUUCCAUCAACAAGUCCAAGGCUUUCCAAGGAUACGCCCGCAUGGCCUCCGCCCCCGACGACAGCAUCCCCCCCGCAAAGUGGAUGAACAACAUCACCUGGGAAGCCAGCGGCCCCUUCCGCAUCACAUGGCUCAACACCGACCGCACCGAGUUCUGGAGGCUCGGCGACCUCAAGAACCCGCUCAACGACGGCAAGCCCGUCUUCGUCGGCCGCGACGGCCAGGAGUAUCCCGAGGCGUGCGGCCGCAAGAUGGUCCGCAUACUCGACCGCGUAGAGCGCGGCACGAGGGAGAGGGAGAGGCGUCGUGGUGGUGGUGGUGGUGGUGGUGGUGGUGGUGGUGCUGCUGCUGCUGCUGCCGUGUCGUCGUCCUCAUCGUGGAAAGAGCGGCGGCUUUGUGGUGGUGGUGGUGACGGUGGCAAGCUGGAGGGAGACGGCGGUGAGGCCAACGAGGACGACGAGACAUCAUCGCCUUUGGGACACCAUCAGGUGUCGGACAAUGGUGAUGCUGCCUCGGCUAGUACAGCAGAAGACUUGCUGUUGCUGGAGUAUUGACAAGU